UAUUUCCAGCUCGAUUUCAGCCUAAUCGAGCCCAGACAAGCCCGUGGCCAUCCGUAGUUUUAGUGGGAUCCAGCAUUCCAUUCCACCAAGGCCUAUUGCUUCUUGGGGUCAAGCCACUACAAAAAUUGGCGGCAGAAGUAACGGAAAAGGCAAAGAAAAGCCAUCAGGUCAAGUAAAAUUAUCACAUGCUUUUUAAAAAAAAAAAAAUAAUAAUAAUAAAAUAAGGAAAGUCAGAAUCAGAGAAAUAAUCCGGUUCUGAGCUUCUCCAAUCUACGAUGCCACUGGCAAAAAUGUUUGUGCAGCAACAAAGGCCAAAAAAAAGAAAGAGAAAUGUCCCAAGAAUCGUUCAUUACAGCUCCCAUCGUUUUUCAGUUUGCAUUUAAUGAGAGUCUUUACACAGCUUUUUCUUUCAAACAUUAUUUUAUGUAUUUGACUGUUGAAAAAGCUUUUCCCAUGACUGUCUUAGUUCUAUAUUUCAGUUCCCAUUUCCUUGAAAUUGUCUGCUAUCUCCUUUUGAUGAAGUAUUUAAAAACACUGCCUCUUCUCUCUGUGCACGUUGACCAAGCAACAGCAGAUUUAAAGGCAAAAGAAACUUUUCAGUUGCAUGAACUUUGGAUUUGAACAAAUGGAAGUUGGCUGUGAGCUUGAAGUAGAGGUCAAUGGCGAUGAGAUUUUCGUGGUGGACAAGAAAGUCCUCGCAUGUUUCUCAGGAAGAUUCAGGAAAUUAUUCGGUAAAUUGACGGAUCGCGCAAGACUACUAAAAGUGGUAUUUCAAGACUUUCCUGGAGGUGCCAGUGGUUUUGAGCUCGUGGCAAGGUUUUGCUACAAUAAUGGCGCAAUUGAGAUAACUCCCUCAAAUACAGUCCUACUGAACUGUGCUGCUUAUUUCAUGGAAAUGGGCAGUAAUAGCUCUGCAACAACCAACUUAGUAGACCAAACAGAAAAAUCUCUUAGGGGGAUUAAUCAUUGGACUUGGUCUGAGCUCCUAGUGGCUCUAAAACAAUGCCAAGAUUUAUUUCCUGCAGCAAAUUCUUCAUUUGUCCUUGAUAAAUUAUUGGAUUCCCUUAUAGGAAGGGUUGCUUUGCCUACUGUUGCAAGCCCAUUCAGAUGUUCCUCAGAGAAUUUCAGUUGUCAGUUUUCCUCUGACAUAAGCAGCACUUGUAGUACGAGAAACAACUGCUCCCCAGCAAGUUGGUGGUUUGAAGGUCUCUUGUUCUUGAAUAUCAUUUUGCUCGACAAAGUGAUAAGGAUGAUGGCAUCCCAGAAAUUAGACCACGCUAGCAUUUUUAAGUUCCUCAUUUUUUACCUGAAAGCAAGACUUCUCAGCACUGGACUGGCUGAGAAGCGCCAAAUCAUGGAGAAGGUAAUCAGUCUCCUUUUGUUACUUGAUAGGAGCUGUCUUUCUUGCAAGGGCUUAUUUGAUGUUCUUCGAAUCGUCUCAAGUUUGAAAAGAAUAAGCAAAUGCUACAAAAUCAAGUUGGAGAGACUGAUAAGUUCACAGUUAGAUCAAGCAACUUUGGAUCAUCUGCUUGUUCCAUCUCCACCUAGGAAGCACUAUAUGUAUGACGUGAAUUUGGUUUUGAGGCUUGCAGAAGCAUAUCUCCGUCAAGGUUGGAUGACCCCAAGUCAAUUGAAAAAGGUUGGUAGCUUGAUGGAUUCGUACCUUGUGGAAGUAGCACCAGAUUUUCUUCUGAAGCCUUCCGCAUUUGGAGCAUUAGUAUCGGUGCUUCCAGAUUCUGCAAGAGAAUCUGGUGACAGACUCUACCAAGCCGUUGACCUAUAUCUUGAGGUUCACACUCAAUUAUGUGAAGAGGAAAAGAUGAGGUUAUGUUGUGGACUGAAUCAUGAGAAACUCUCAGCCGAAACUUUACAACACCUAGCUCAAAACUCCAAGUUUCCAUCAAGUACAUCAUCAGAAGUUUUCAUAGGUCAGCAAUCCAAGCACAGUAGCUCAAUUAGCAAUUACUUGUACUCCCUCAAAAGGGUAGAUGAAAUUCGAUUUUGCAGCUCUACUAAUAAAAAUAUGAGCUGUGGAGAAGACACUAAAGAGCCAGUCCUUCCUUUUGAAAGAAAGCAUGAACAUUCAAGAGAAACUGGAAUGCACUUGCAACGAAGGCAGCGUAGAGUAGCAGAACUGGAGAAGCUUUGCCCAGUGAUGCAGCCCCAGAUGCCAAAUGUAACUAAACGAAGAUUAUGUAAUUCAGGCAAAGUUAGAUCCUUGCCAAAACUCUGUUCAUGAUACCAAAUGGAUCAAUGUAAAUAUGUAAUUGCAAAUUGAAUGGAAAUGGGAGAUAACUUUUUCUUUGGCUGAA